CACCUUGUUCGAAGAGCAUGCAAUGAUGAUAAACUGCGAAUUGAAGAACGCCAGAGAAGGGAAGAAAAAACCAAAAUAAGAAAGAAACAAACAAAAAGAGCGUUUUACUGAGAGCACAUAGUUUAUGCAAAUCAACCGCCAUUACGUAACACUCCAUUAUUUUCACUCACUCCUCACUCUGCUCUCUCCCCACACCGGAGAAAACCAAAUCGCUUUCUCCGUUAGGGUUAGGGUUUCCAUUUUCCCCUAAUCCAAUCCAGCAGCGACAUGGGCGCCAAUUCGUUGCCAUCGGCGGAAUCAAACUUCGAUCUCGAUGAGCAGAUCUCGCAGCUCAUGCAAUGCAAGCCGCUAUCCGAGCACCAGGUAAGAGUUUUAUGUGAGAAGGCUAAGGAAAUUUUGAUGGAUGAAAGUAAUGUCCAGCCUGUGAAAAGCCCCGUGACAAUUUGUGGUGAUAUUCACGGGCAGUUUCAUGAUCUUGCAGAACUAUUUCGAAUUGGAGGGAAGUGUCCAGAUACUAAUUACUUGUUUAUGGGUGAUUAUGUGGACCGGGGUUAUUAUUCAGUCGAAACUGUAACACUUCUUGUGUCACUGAAAGUGCGAUAUCCUCAGCGAAUUACUAUUCUUAGAGGAAAUCAUGAAAGUCGUCAGAUCACUCAAGUAUAUGGUUUUUACGACGAGUGCCUCAGAAAGUAUGGUAAUGCUAAUGUUUGGAAGACCUUUACAGACCUUUUUGAUUUCUUUCCGUUGACUGCAUUGGUUGAGUCCGAAAUAUUCUGUUUGCAUGGUGGGCUUUCACCUUCAAUUGAGACUCUUGAUAACAUAAGGAACUUUGAUCGUGUUCAAGAAGUUCCUCAUGAAGGGCCGAUGUGUGAUCUGUUAUGGUCUGACCCUGAUGAUAGGUGUGGCUGGGGAAUUUCUCCUCGUGGUGCAGGAUAUACUUUUGGUCAGGAUAUAUCCGAACAAUUUAAUCACUCAAACAAGCUUAAGUUAAUCGCUAGAGCUCAUCAGCUGGUCAUGGAUGGAUUUAACUGGGCUCAUGAACAGAAGGUGGUUACCAUUUUUAGUGCACCUAACUACUGUUACCGAUGUGGGAACAUGGCUUCAAUUUUGGAGGUUGACGAUUCCAAGGGCCACACAUUUAUCCAGUUUGACCCUGCUCCCAGAAGAGGAGAACCUGAUGUUACCCGUAGAACGCCUGAUUACUUCCUAUGAUGUUACUGCGGCAUAUCGUACCGGUGUCAUAGUUACAACUCAUUCUGCACAAAUUGCGUGUAGUUUGUUCAUCCUCAUCCUCAUUGAUGAGAUUGCUGUAAGCACUUAAUCUAUGGGUACGCACUCCAAACAUUUCCGGUGACUGCCCAAUACUGCUGUGAUGUAAAAUAGGCAGGUAAAAUUCCAGUUUUUUUUGUGACGCACAAGAACUUGUUGGACAUCCUAUUGGAGAAAUCUCCUAGAUGAUGGCAGUGUCAGAAUGUAUUAUUCCGGCGAAAUGUGGAUAUUUUUUUGUUUGUGUU